UUCCGGACGGCAACCAUAUUUGCAUUCCUGUUUACAUUAGUUACGUUCGUUAUGGUUUUCAAUUGUGUCGUGUUUAAGUGUUUUAACCGGCAAAGUACGUCAGAUAAGGAGAAUCGUUGUAGCUUUUUUCGUUUCCCAAAGGACGCAAGGAAGAGGAAAGCAUAGAUAAAAGCUGUAAACAGGGCAGACUGGGCUCCAAACGAGUACAGUAGGAUUUGUUCUGCACAUUUUGUUGACGGGUGGCACAGCGACGACCCCAGUGAUGUGAAUUACAGGCCAACAAUAUUUUCUUACAAAGAAAAAGACCCUUCUGUGUCUGAGCAAGAUCGAAAUGUCAGACUUGCCAGUAGAAAUUUGUUGCAGACUGUUAAAGAACAGAAGUUAAAGGUCCAGGAAACAGAGACAGCAUGCCUAACCAGCUCAGUCAUGAUGCAUUCAUCAUAUGCCAUUACUGGACCAGAUGUGGAGAUGGAAGAGUUACAUGAACCUCCAGUCUAUGAUCAGCUUGACAAGAGUUUGUCAGAUACAAGCAUGUUACUUACAUCCAAUGUUGGGUCUCAGUGUGAUACAGAUCCCUUAUUAGAGGAAAAUAUGUUGCUGAGGAAAGAAAACGAAGAAUUGAGAGCUGCACUGCAACACCACAAAUGGACUAUACAGAAAAUAGAAGACAAUGACCAAAAGACCAGGUUCUACACAGGUCUACCUAAGUUUGUAGUGUUCAUGUGGCUCUUCAAUUAUCUGAAACCGAAGGCAGAAAGGAUGCAGUACUGGACUGGUUCAGAGACCUGUCAGAAGCAAGAUAGACAACGAGCAUCAACCAGCUGCAUUGAUUUGAUCGAUCAGUUUUUCGCAGUCUUAAUGAGACUUAGAUUAGGACUUUUUGUUCGAGAUAUAGCAGAAAGGUUCAAAAUUUCGGAAUCAACAUUUUCUAAAUAUUUUUCUUCGUGGCUAUUAUUAUUGUAUGAAGAGCUAAAAGUCAUUAACCCAUUUCCAAGCAGAGAAAUAGUUGACCGUACCAUGCCAGAUGCUUUUAAGUCCAGAUAUCCCAAAACAAGGGUUAUUAUAGACUGUACAGAAAUUUUUUUACAACGUUCUGCUAGUCUUGUUAAUCAAAGCCUUACAUAUUCCAAUUAUAAAAAUCAUAAUACUGUAAAAUUUUUAGUUGGAAUCACUCCAUCUGGCGUUAUAUCUUUUGUUUCAGAAGGUUGGGGUGGUAGAGUUUCUGACAGGCAGAUAACUCUUGAAUCUGGUAUACUAGAUUUAUUGGAUGAGAAUGACUCUGUAAUGGCUGACAAAGGCUUUACUAUAAAAGAUUUAUUAGAAAAAAAGAAUUGUACUCUAAAUAUGCCACCCUUUAAAGGUAUUUCUGCUCAGUUUACAACUGAACAGGUUUUUGAAACACAAGAAAUUGCUAAGUUAAGAAUUCAUGUGGAAAGGAGUAUUGGAAGAGUGAAAAAUUUUCAUAUUUUUGAUGGUGUUAUGCCUUUAUCUAUUGCACCACAAUCUACACAAAUUUUUAAAGUGUGUUGUUGGUUAACAAAUUUUGAUGAACCCCUAGUCAAGUAAUAGGCUGUAAGUCUUAGUCUUUGAUAAAUAAAAUGUUACACAAAGUUCACUGAAUAUAAGAAUUUAAAGGUCUAUUUUCAAAAAGUUUUCAACAAAUAAAAAGAAUCAAUGAUGAUGGUCAGUUAUUUCCUGAUUGAAUUCCUGAUUCUGUAUUUCAAUAAUUAUAAGACUUGAUUACUCUUCUCAGCCUAUUUGCCAAUUCUGUAAUAAGAGAUUAAUUUCCUUGAGUUGCUUCACUUAAGACAUAAUAUUUUAUUGACAAUGAGAUAGCAGAAAUAUUUAUCUUCAUGUUAUGUAUGAGAUCUUAUAAAGUUUUAAAAAUAUUGUCAUUCCAUUUAAUCUUUUAUUAAGCUAAAAACGUUUGAUGCCAAUACUUGCUUCUUUUUUUCAAACUGAUGACAAAUUGGCAAAUGGACUAUUAUGAUAUGUUUAAAGUAGCAUUUUGUCUGUCAAAGUUGUAAUACAUGCACUGUAGGAAUUAACUCAUAAUAUUUUCAUGCUAUGCUCAAUAAUAUUGUACAUUAUAGAAAAUGAUUCUUGUUCAAUGUUUUUUUUAUUACAGUGCAAUUUCCAGACAUUCUUUUGUCACUUUAAAAUCAUUUUAAGGAGUACUUUGAGGGUAAACGCAAACAUCAAAUCAUUGGUUUCACGAUGGAUAAGUUUUUGAAUGAAAGAAAUUAUACAGAUUCAUUAAUUUUGUCAUUUUUAGAAUUAAA